AUGGAAGGGGAAGAAGUAAAGAAACGCCUCGCAAGGUUUUACGAGGUGUACAAUCCUUCCUGCCUUUCCUCCGUUGACGCCAUAUGGAGGACUUACCGUGGGAGGGAGGAGGACAUUUUCCGGGUUCUAGUGGACAAGUACGGCCCUGAACCCUCGCUGCACAGUGGAAUGGCCUCACCAACUACCGAGUCUCAUUCUAAGCCAUCUGAGGGAGAUUGGCUCACACGGUUUCAAAACUUCUUUUCUUACUACCGACCAGACAAAGUGGACGAGAUUCCACGAGCACUUGAAAAAUACAAGGGUCGUGAGGCUGAGUGGAUGAUGGAAUUGGUGAAGAAAUAUGGUGAAGAACCGUUGAGAAAAUCCCCCAAAUUGUCAAGGCGAUCUGGGAAUAAGGAAAUUCGCAGCUUGAGGGAUAGACUCAUUGAUUUCUAUCAGGUGCACAAUGAAUCCAUGAUACCGUUUGUGGAUGAACUCAUCAAGAACUACAAUGGCAAUGAAGAAGAGAUGUUUAAGGACCUUGAUCGUCAGUACAGCGAGAAGAAAGAGCUGAUGCCGCGUGCUCCCGCAUCUUACUCGUCUGAUGUAGAUGGUGUAAUGAAGCGAUUGAGUACUGCACUUGAAGUUAAAACUGCUGAAACGCUUGCCCUCAAGAACGAAAAGGGAGGUCUUGUAGAAGAACUUUCCAUUUCAAGGAGAUCACUCGAGGGUUCCCGAGAGAGGGAAAAGCUACUUGAGACGCAACUACUCGCUGCCCAGGAACAGCUACUUGUGCAGGAAAAGUUGCUUUCCAAUGCAGCAUAUCGAAGACGUGAAGAAGAUUCCAGAGAUAAUGCUCUGCGGGCUGAAAUAUUAAAGGCGAAAAAGGAUUGUGAAGAUAUUCGUUCUUCUUGUGGUAAGCUGGAACAUCGUGUACGAGUUCUUGAACUAGAAAAGCAGCAGCUUCUAGAAGAACUUAAGGAGACAGAAAGGCGCGCCUUUGACGUGAGUGAUUUGCUUUCGAUAGAGCGCCAGAAGAAUCUUGUUCUGAUUGAGGAAGUGGGAAAACUGAAGUUGGCCGUUGAACGUCCUGCUAGCGAAUCAGCCUUUUCUUCUAUUGUCAAGGACAUUGAAAAUCGUCUUUCUAAGCAUUAUGAGGGUGAAUUAGAACGAUACCGAAAGGAGAUGAAUGAGUAUUACCUGUACGCCGAGAAUCAGUUGCGUCGCCGCGAUGCACUUAUUGCAGAAUUGGGCUCUGACUGUUGA